CGAUUGGCCGCGCCCAAACGCGCGAGGCAGGAAGGAAGCGGCAGGCAGAGGCGGCGGAGUGAGUUUGAAGCUACACGCCUGGAAACAUCUCCCCCCGUUUAGCCCUCUUAAAAAUGGCAUAUCACAGCCCUUACAGAGCUCCUCCGCACAUAAACGCCCCUCUGGAUCAAAGCUUUCUGUGGAGUAUCUUCCAGAGGGUUGACAAGGACCGCAGUGGGGUGAUAUCAGAUUCCGAGCUCCAGCAGGCAUUAUCCAAUGGCACAUGGACACCGUUCAACCCUGUGACCGUGCGCUCCAUAAUAUCCAUGUUUGACAGGGAAAAUAAGGGUGGGGUGAACUUCAACGAGUUUGCUGGCGUGUGGAAGUACAUCACGGACUGGCAAAACAUCUUUAGAACGUAUGACAGGGACAACUCGGGCUUCAUCGACAAGACCGAGCUCAAACAGGCACUGACCGGCUUCGGUGAGCUGCAAAGUUAUCGUCUAUCGGAUCAGUUCUACGGUACGCUGAUCGAAAAGUUCGAUCGACAGAGGAAGGGACAGGUGGCCUUUGAUGACUUCAUCCAGUGCUGUAUUGUACUGCAGAGGUUGACUGAUGUUUUCAGGAGGUACGACACAGACCAGGAUGGCUGGAUCCAGGUGUCCUAUGAACAGUAUCUAUCCAUGGUCUUUAAUAUCGUAUAAUGGCACACAGGGGCAGCGAAGAGGAGCACAACUAACUGCACAGAACUGUGCCAAAAAGCUACCGGCACUUCCUGGAUGUCCGUCACGGCGGACACGACAAGAUUUUUUCCCCCAAACUCUAUGAGAGCUGCCCCUACGUUGGGCGCACUCUGCCAAAUUUAUACCAAUGAUAUAAAAGAAAAAAUAUCUGAGGUUUGUCAGCAAAGUUUCGGGACUGCAACACUGCAGGAUCUCUGCAGAUGUGCUGGUUGAUCAUCUGUCGGGCAAACAUUAAGAUGAGAACUCCUAGUUUGGAGUUGGGCUUUGUGACACCAGUCCUGGAACCUUUCUGACACAGCUCGUAUAGGGGGCUCUUGUGUCUGAAUUUUUUAUUUUUGAUUAUUAUUUUUUUUUAUUAUUAUUUUUUGUCACGUCGGCAAGGUGCAAGUACAAACUUUGAUGUAUUUUAAAAAAUAUAUAUAUCUUGUAGUGUUUUGCUUCAGGACCAGUCUUCAUUUAUUAUAUCUGUACUCUGCACUCCAGAAUAAGGAUUAAUUAACUAUUGGUACAAUGUCUUUUUUUGUUUUUUUUUUGUCAGUCAGUCUUGUUUGUUUAUUGUCAUUUUAAUGUCUUAACUUUAGUUAACAGACUCAUUAAAAAUUGAUUGUUAAUAUGCUAUAAUCAAUUGCAUGCUUUUCAGGGAAUUUGAACCCUCCAAUUGUAGCAUGCUCUUCCCCUUUCUCUCGUCUCUUUCCUUUUGUUUAAAGCCAUGUUUACGAAUACUGUGAAAGCAGAGCUGCGUUCUGCUUCAAAAUUGAUAUGCCAGCUUACAUGCAAUAUUUGUACAAACUUAGUUUUUAAACAUCAAAUGUUAUGGGUAGAGGGUGAGCAUAACGCCGUAUUGCUUGAUUUGUAUUUUUUUAUUUUUUUUAUUUUUUUGGUGCAUGAUGCCUUAAUGAAGUGAUUAAAAAAACAACACAAAAA